AUGGCGCUUGACGAGAAGACCAAACGCUGCAAGGGCACGUACGCUGCUCGGCGGGAGGUGCGCAAACUCAAGUCACAAGUGAUUGUGCUAAAACUUCGGUCCGAGCAAGAGUCCGGAGUGGACGAUAGUCUGAAGCAGACUCAAGCAGAAAAUACAACACUGAGCGAAAGUAUUCGAGCCCAACAUCUUCAGAUUGCUAAGAUGCAGUCUGCCAUGAGCCAGUACCUAGUAAACUGGAACAAACGCCGGGCGAAACUCGUGUCGAUCCGAGAAGAAAAACUUCGCAACGCGUACAAUUUCGUCAUGGAUCUCAAACGAAUCGUUGGCAGUGACAAGACGACUAUUUCAGACGAGCUUUUCGAGUCUCCAGAAGGCGACUUCUGCGGCAUACGCUUCAAAACUGUACAGUUCCCUGGAGUCAAAUCACUCCAGCAAGUCUAUGAUGUGGCUUUGUACUACCUCACGAAUAUGGAGGUCAGCAUAACGGAGCGGCUCGGAUACGUCACGGUCAGAGACGACUACGAGACGAUUGAUGGCAUCGUGUACAACGCUCGAGUGUUGUCGACAGCUCACGACACAGUCACGAUGGAAACUAGCUCGCUGCUGUUUCCGAAGAUGGAUCCAGACGGGGAAUACGGAAUCGUAGUUCUCGAUUCUAUCGACGAGGACGGACUCUAUCCGUACAACUCAGCCAAACUAGUGCGGAAGGAUUUAUCUGCUACUGCUGUCUUUACGGCACGGAGAAAGCCAACACUAAACGGAGAGGAAGGAGAACUCGUCGUGACGAUGAGAGGCUCAGCUUUCUUGAAGAUUCAAUGA